UAAUUUUAUGUAAAAAGCUAGCAUUUUCAAUAGGAAUUUCAGACUGCUCUUUAAUCAAAACAAGUACUAAAAUCUGACAGGUAAAUUGAGAAUGCAUGAUUGUAGCCCAAAGUGGACAUACUCAAACUCAUCUUGGAUGGGUGUCUCCAGUGGAUUACAGAUUUGGAAGAACAAUGUUGUAUAUCACUUGUGCGAUUGGAUUCUUUUGUGCAUACAUGGACCCAGGAGUCUUACAUGAAGCAGUAUGAAUCACAUUUAAUUUUAGUUUGGCCAUUUCAAAUAACCACCCAGAUAUGUGUUGGUAAUGUUUCUGCAAUAAUCAUAUAGGGAUUCGGAAAAGGACUUGAUGGAGAGGAGAAGAAGUUGAAUGAAUAAAUAUUAGACAGACAUCAUGCAGAAGAAUAACUAGAGCAUUUCAAACACAACAUCACCUAAUAUGAUGGUAAAUGAUUUAAUCCAAACAUAUAAAAAUAUACAUGAAUAAUUAA